AUGAAUGGAGAGACAGGACAUAGGUGGGGGGGCAUAGGGCUGGUGGGGGGGGGUGCGAAGGGGGGGGGAAAAGGGGGGUGGGGGGGGGGGUGGUGGGGGGGGGGGGGGGGGGGGGGGGGGGGGGUGGGACCCCAUUGGGGGGGAGGGGGGGGGCCCAUUUAUAAAUUUAUUUGCCAGGGGGGGGGGUGGGGGGGGGGGGGGCCCCCUGGGCCAAUGGAAGGGGGGGGGUGGGGGGGGUGGGGGGUCUUUCCCAGGGGGGGAGUGGGGGGGGGGGGUUGGAAGGGGGGGGGGGGGUGGGGGGUGGGGGGGUGUGGGGGGGGGGGGGGGGGGGGGAACCCAUAA